CUGAUGAAAAUCAACAAGAGGGAUUGUAGGAGCCAUUUUUCCUUUCCUGUGUUUAUCGCCACCAGGGGACAUAAUUAAUUUUGAGUUCUGAGUGUCUGAUGGGGGAUGGGGUUAUUUAAGGUCAACCAUGAUUGUGUUCAGGUGUUGUUAAUGGGAAGAGGCAACAGUUUUCUAUUGUGCUUGGUUUAGAUUGAAGGGGAAUGUUUGUGGCUGUAAAUGGAAAUAUUGAGAAUAUGGACAUUGUGCUAACAAUAAAUGACUUUAUCAUAAGUCAAACUGAAGAUCGGAUUACGAAUCUUAAUCGAGCGCACGUAAAACCAACGCCUUUCAGAAACAACAACCAGUAGCCUAAAAUAGAGGAUUUUAUCUGCUACAUUUAGGUAGGAAACUGCCUCGUUUGGAAGAGCCACCGAUCCUUCUGUAUUGUGGUGCCAAGAAGGUGCAAAGAAAACGCCGCAUCGAAGUAGGCUAUUGGAGCAGCCGGUCAAAGUGAGCGCAGAGGAGCGAUUGGACACCUGUCGUCGGAACCAGAACCACAGAGGAGCGAAAGGAAAUCCGGAGCCGCACAGGACAGAUCAAUAUCGUACAAUGGGAACGGAGCUGCAUGGAUCGAGCUAUUGGAGCCACUGAGAUUCGGAGCAGCGGACAAAGGGACGCGAAUUAUCAAUGCCGGCCAACGCACCAUUGGGAUAUGUGAGUGAGCGUUGAUAUCUAUGAAUGGCCAUUAUUAAUGUGUGCACACAAAAAUCCAACCUUAAAUCCAAUUCAUUGGUAGCAGACUGAAGACUGCUUAAACAAAAAGAGAGCUCUCUAUAAAUAAAUAAGCUAUAAACUGUUGGCCAUAAUGGCAGAAGAGGAGAACAUUGAUCUGGUCGAGGGUCAAAGUAACAUUGUGGGUAAAGAGGAAAAUCCUCAAUGGGAGACUGAAAAAAGGCAGGUGAAACUUACAGCCAAAGCUUUGCUGGUGAAGAUCAGUAACUUAGAAAGUGAAAGAAAAACAAAGUUAAAUAAGCUCACAAAAUGAAAAUAAACUAUUACAGUGUUGAAAAAUGACAAAGGGUGUGUAAAUGACAUUAAGGUGGAAUUUAAAAGGUUUUUGGGUUUGUCUGAAGAAGCACAAAAGGUACACCAAGGUUUGUUGGGAUUAUUGCCUGUGGAUGAAGCACAGAAGCAUGACAUGUGGUUUCAAGCUAAAAACGUUGAACGUUAAUGAUUUUGUUGCUGCUACUCAUAAAUGGUUGGCUGAGGCUCAAGGUUGCUCAGCCGGUGUGCCAGAUGAUAUCAAAGAAAACGAGAGUAAAAAUGAUAAUGAAGCUGAGCCAAAGACUGCCAGUGGUGACAUGACCAUGGGGGAGGAGGAGCCACAGAUUGAACCUCAUGACAUCAUUUCAAAUGUUUCCUUAAGGUGUUUUAGAAAAAAUGAGAGUCAAAGGGGUCCCUCAAUAGCAACCAGCAUAUCUUCAACGCUUUCUGAACAAAUAAAAGCGGAAGCAGAAAGGGCUGCAUUCUUGACAUGUGCAGCUGCUUUAAAGGAGAAGCAUGCGCUGGAGGAGCAGGAAUACCUGUUAAAGAAAAGAAAGGAACAACUUGAGAUGGACACUAAGAUAGCUGCUGCUAAUGCCAAGCUAAUGGUGCUAGAGGGCAGCACUAAAGGCAGCAUUACAUCUAAGCAUUCUGAUGGAAUGGAUUCAUAUGUUAGAAAAGGUGCUAGACCCAAGAUGAAACCUAGUUUACUCCUUUCACAAGCUUCACAGGUGGUUACCAGACCUACAAAGAAGCUUCAAGAAGAUGCUGGACUGCUGUUAUUUUAUCCAAUCUCAAAGUUACCACUCAAAACAGUCUGCUUCUAUCAAAUCAAAAUCAACCAGCUGGAGACCUUUACAAUUUGCUGAAACAACAGAAUGACAUAACGGCUCUUCUGGUACAAAUGCAAAUUCCCAUCUACGACGGAGAUCCUUUACAGUUCAACUCCUUUAUGAAAGCCUUUGAACAUUGUGUGGAAGCAAAGAGCAGUUGUAAAGGAGACUGCUUGUACUACCUGGAACAGUACACCAAGGGGCAACCAAGAGACCUCGUACGUAGCUGCCUUCACAUGACUGCAGAAAGAGGAUAUGCGGUGACCAAGCAACUCCUCAAAGAACAUUUUGACAAUGAAUUUAAUAUUACUGCAGCCUACAUGGAAAAGGUCACUGGUUGGCCUAACAUUAAAGGUGAAGAUGCUAAAGCAUUAAAGGCAUUUGGACUAUUUCUUCGUGAAUGCUGCAAUGCUAUGGAGGAACUGCAGUAUUUGGAUGAGUUAAGCAUGCCAGCUAACAUGAAAAUCUUGGUUCAGAAGUUUCCUUUUAAACUACGAGAAAAAUGGAGAACAAAAGCAAAUGAGAUUUUUGAGGGAACUAGUCAAAGACCAUGUUUCAGAGAUAUUGUUGCUUUUAUUGAACACUAGAUUAGAAUAAUCUCAGAUCCGGUUUUUGGAGAUAUACAGGAUUUACAACCUGCUAGGGGAAUCAUAAGACCUAGCAAACCUCAAAUAAAGUCAUAAUUUAAAAGAAACAGCUUUGUCAGCCAUGUUUCUGUUAAAGAUGACUAACUCGUCUUCUCUCAAAAAUGAAGUAACUGUUGUUGACAAAUCUAAUUAUUUAUCCUGUCUGUAUUGCACACAGGAUGGUCAUGUAUUAGAACAAUGUCGACAAUUAGGAAAGAGGUCACACAGGGAAAAACUAGACUUUCUAAAAGACAAAGGUUUAUGUUUUGGUUGCUUGGAUACAGGACAUUUAAAGCAAGAACUGUGAUAAGCGCAUUGCUUGCAAAUACUGUAACCAAAAACAUCCCAACAUUUUGCACAUUGGACAGAAGGAAAAAACCCAUCAGACAGAGUUGGAUCAGGCAGCAAAGGGCUGUAAAACCUCCUCUACUUGUGGUCAUACUGGGGCUGGCCACCAUAAAGGGAUUAUUCCCAUCCUGCCUGUGAAAGUGAAAAGUUCAAAGGGAACAAAGAUCAUUAAAACAUACGCCUUUCUGGAUCCAGGGAGCACCAAUACAUUCUGCUCUGAAACACUUCUUAAUAAACUCAACAUUCAAGGUCGAAAGGCUCAGAUUCAUCUCCGGACAAUGGGUCAUAGCAAAACAAUGACAACCUCUAUCAUUAAAGGGCUGGAGAUUUCAGAAAUAAAUGGAAGCCAUUUCUAUCAGCUUCCCAUUGUGUUUACACAAAAGGAAAUGCCAGUCUCCACCGACAAUAUCAUCAGUGAGGAGGAGCUGUCAAAAUGGUCGUACUUAAAGGACAUUAAUUUUCCACGCAUAUAUGCUGGUGUAGGCCUCCUCGUUGGCACAAAUGCAUCUAAACUAAUGGAACCUUGGGAGGUGAUUAAUAGUCAGGGUGAAGGGCCCUAUGCAAUCAGAAGCCUCCUAGGAUGGGUUGUAAAUGCUUCAGCAGAAGGUUGCAAGGAUCUUGAAAAUGGCUACCCUUCAGUUCAUGUCAACAGAACUACAGUUGAUAAAAUAGAAGAACUUCUGACCAGCCAGUACAACUAUGACUUUAUUGAGAAGUCCUUUACAGAACAAGAGGAAAUGUCAAGAGAAGAACAGAAAUUCCUUGAUAUAAUGGAUCGCUCUGCACAGCUAGAGAAUGGACAUUACAAACGGAAACUGGCCAAUUCAAACACCACUGAAACAUCAACACUGGAGUUGACAAAAGAAAUGCAAACUCUCAAAAACUCAAUGGGAAAUCAAAGUGUGUCUCUAGAAGAGCUCACACAAGCUGAGACAGCCAUACUCUCCUUUUGCCAAAAAGAAAGAUUCCCUGAUGAGUUUGCUGCAUUAAUAUCCCGCAACUUGGAAAUACCCAGAAGCAGCCUAAUUUACAAACUGGACCCUGUGCUGCAAGAUGGGCUUCUGCGUGUUGGAGGCCGGCUGAUUGAAGCAGCCAUUCCUGAGAACAUUAAGCAUCCUAUCAUUUUGGCAAAGGACCAGCACAUCUCCUACCUUAUCCUCCGACAUUUUCACUUGCAUCUUGGUUAUGGAGGUAGAAGUCAUGUCCUCUCAGUCGUUAGAAGAAAAUUUUGGAUAACAAAUGGAGUUUCAGCUGUGAAAAGGGUCAUAGCUACAUAUUCUUUCUGCAGGCUGUAUGGAGGACAAACCGGUCAACAGAUGGCAGACUUGCCAGAGGAAAGAGUGGUCCCUGAUCUGCCACCAUUCACAAAUGUUGGUGGAGAUUAUUUUUGGCCUAUUGAUGUGAAAAGAGGACGCAGUAUUGUAAAACGCUAUGGAGUAGUGUUCACUUGCAUGACAAGCAGGGCUGUGCACCUUGAAGUGGCAUACUCUUUAGAUACAGACCCAUGUAUUAAUGCACUGCGCCGAUUUAUCUCUCGAAGAGGGCAAGUUUCACACAUGAGAUCAGAUAAUGGCACCAAUUUCCUAGGAGCAGAAAGAGAGCUACGAGAAGCUCUAGCCUCUCUAAAUAAUGGAAGAAUUGAGAAGGCCAUGGCACACAAAGGGAUUAAAUGGAGUUUUAACCCACCAUCCGGAUCACAUUGUGGCAGGGUUUGGGAGCGUCUCAUUCGCAUGAUCAGAAAGGUUUUGCACUCAGUGUUCCGUCAACAAAUGUUGGACGAUGAAGGAUUCCACACUGUACUUUGUGAGGCUGAGGCAAUACUUAACGAUCGUCCCAUCACAAAGUUAUCAGAGGACCCCAAUGACCUUGUUGUGAUAUUACUGCCAGGAUCAUCAAAAUGGUUGACUGAAUCAGAUUGAAUUCUGAUGACACAGCCACAGAAGAGAGAGAACCAGUGGGGACAGCCCCCUCCUUCUCUCACCAGGGGGUCCCCUGCUGGUGAUAAAAACUUUCCUCCCGCAGACAAAGAGCCCUACUUCUGCAGACCUCUUCAGCAGCUGCACGGACCACCUCUCCAGGACAAGGGAGAAGGCCUGAACCAUGGGGCCAUAUGGCCUCAUCUGCUGGAACAUCUGAAAGAUUCCCUGGACCAGCCACGUUGAUCCAGGGUCUGCUAGACCCGACUGCCUGCGUCAGAAGAGGACCUGACUGAAUCCGGACGAACAUGUCCGGCCUGUACAGGAAAGCGAACCCCGAUGCAGCUGAAGGCUGGAAUGCUAAGGAAAACCCCUGCUCAAAUUGGACUGCAUCCCGGUCAAAGAACAUGGCCUCCAAGCCAUCCAGACCACGCCGUUAGCCAAAUGCUGCUGCAAGGCUAACGCUAGCCUCCCAAGAGCCAAGCGCUAGCC